UCGUCCGUGUUCCUUCUGUCUCCGGCAUUCACAUGAAAAGAAAUAAAAGACGCAAAGUAGAUACCUCUGAAUUUCAUGAAGAUGAAAUAAAAUGCAGAUUCUGGUUUAUGUCGUCUGCAAAGUGGUGCAAACGUGUCGUAUUCAAACCGGCGGUGCGGUCUCUGGUCAGGCACUGCGCGGACAGCCACGCGGGGUCCUUGGCUGGGCGGGGCUUGCUCGCGGUGCCUUGUGGCUCCUUUCGUGCAGGUUCUCCCUUUUGCGUAGGCCCUCGGCGCCGGCAGGAUGGGCAAGUGUCGCGGUCUUCGUACUGCCAGGAAGCUCAGAAGCCACCGACGAGAUCAAAAGUGGCAUGAUAAACAGUACAAAAAAGCCCAUUUAGGUACUGCCCUAAAGGCCAAUCCUUUCGGAGGCGCUUCCCAUGCCAAGGGAAUUGUGCUGGAAAAAGUAGGAGUUGAAGCCAAACAGCCAAAUUCUGCCAUCCGGAAGUGUGUGAGAGUCCAGUUGAUCAAAAACGGGAAAAAAAUCACAGCCUUUGUACCCAAUGAUGGUUGUUUGAAUUUUAUUGAAGUGAGUGCUUCAGUCUGUUAGAGCUUUUGUUCUUGG